AUGGGUUUUCAGAAUAAGAGGAACUUAUUAGGUGUGCAUCUUUUACUGAUCCUUACCUUGGGAUGGCGGGCCGUGUGGCCUGCGGCCGGCCUGGAAACAUUUACCGCUUCAGUUACACCAGACUUGUUAGAUCCAUGGAGUUCGUAUCUAACGACGCAUUCCGAUGUGACAAGUCCGUUUUUUGACGUGUCUGAGGGGGUUUCAGACGAGCCAGUUCCCCAGAAAACACCGUCGGAGCCACCAGCGUCUCCCACAAGGAGAGGCCGAAUCUUUCGAAAGUUAGCGGUUCUCGUGGCUUUGGGUAUAUCAGUUGCGGUGGCAGUUCAAAUCCACCGACGGAAAUCGACCAAUUUUGCGAAGCACCGCCAGGACCGGGCUCCUCCUUCCAACAGGAAUGCACUCCUACAGCAGGUCAGAGGCCUCUUUAAGUCCGCCUCAAUGACUAAUGCUGCGUUAGAGGCUCCAGAGGCUACCGAACUGAUUGGAAAAUUGCGGAAAAAUCUGGAGAAAGCCGAAAGGGCUCAGCGUGAAGGGAGGGCGGCAGCGGAGUUGCACGCAUCCGUUGAUGCUGCGAUAAGUUGUGUGGAAAUGCUGCGCAAUAAAAUAAUAGAGCAUGCUGAAACAAUUGCACAGGGUAGCAAAGUUAUUUCUCUCCAUCCACUCUUGGAUGCGAAUAAUCCUGACCCGGUUGCCGAAAUGAAAAUUUUGAAGGCCUACGACGAAACCGCUGUGGGCCCGUUCUUGCAAUAUUUAUCUUCAGUGUAUAACUUUUCAGAGGCCCUCUUUAUUCGCACAAAGAAAAUUCAUGGAUGUCUGAUGGAAUCAGCGAUACUCUCACAGAAUGACGAUGGCCAGUGGCUGGAGUCUUCUGCCCUUAAGGUUAACUCUUUGCUGUCCACGCUGGAAGCGCAGCAGUACACAGAAAGACUUGCGAAGGGUUUAGUAAGUGGCUCACUUAGUGGUUUAAAGGUGACGAUGUUGGCGGAGAGAGAGGCCAAGCGUUGGCGGCUUCAGUUGAGCCUUGAUCAGGUGCGAAUGCUCCUGCAGCAAACUCAGAGGGCCCUGCAGAAUAUAUCAGGAUCUGCAGAAGAAGCAUCUCUGCAAGAAAAGGGGCUUUUCCUUAAAAAAGUUGAAAGAGAGGUGCAGGAAAUCUCCGAUAAGGUGUCCGGGCUUUCGAUUCCUGCCAAGAGCAUACGAAAAUCGGGUACGCUCCAAGACAUGUUUGCUGUUUGUUCUGCCUGUCAACAAGCAGAGGACGAGGUAUCUGCAGAUCUUGACAGAAUAUUGGGAGUGCUUACUGAAUUCGAACCGAAGGUUGAGGAUCUGGACAAGGCGAGCAAAGAGUUUAUGGAGGAACUGACUGAAAAAUACCGCAAGCUUUUUGCUUGGAAGGAUGAAAUCACGCAGCGCUGCUACUACAACGUCCAAGGGAAGCUUGCAAAUAUCAUUAAAGAAGGCACAUUUCCCUCUGCAACGGCAGCACAAAUGCAGCAUGCUCGCGUUGCCCGAGGUAUACUCAAAAGGAUGGACCAAUCAAUGGAAGCUUCUAAGAGGGAAAUGGGUUACGGCGAAUCUGCCCUACGCGUGUUAAAUUCGAUGGACAAGGUGUCGACUGCUGGACAGGUGCUGGAAGGACUGAAAAAUAUCGGGAAUUCUAUAAUCCAGAUGAAGCAACAAGCUCUUCUGCAGUUUCUGAGUCUCCAUUUAAUAGAUAUUCUACAGCAAGAUGUCGACCAUAUGACACAAAAUGAGGCUACCAUAGCAGCACACCCACAUUACCCUUUUGUUGACAAGCAAAAGAUGCAGGUGUUGGAGAGUGGCUUCAAAGCAGCAAAGGAGAGUAUGGAGUCCGCAGGGUCACUCAAGGAGAUGACAGAGGCAGCUGUUGCCAUGCGCACCUACUACUCUGAAAUGGAAGAGUUAGUAUAUGAACCGCGGCGGCAAACUUAUGAAAAAAGUUGCUUCCCUGUCUGUUCCAAGCCUUUUCUAGGUUCUGCAGCUUAUCUCGUCGGGCAUGUCAAAAUGCUCUGA